AUGCUGCUAUGCCGAGUAGACUGUAUCAGUCUGAACAUUCUACAUCAGGAUUAUCCUAAACCGUUGGUGCCGAUAAAUUCUUUAAGGGCGACGGACGCUCCAUUACAUCCGGGCGACACGGUAGCCCCUUCCAGCGGUCCCUUUCUCCGCGGCGUUUACAUUCCGGUGGAGCCUAGUGCGGAACAAAUUUCUUUCGUCGAAUCGGCCAUCAUGGCAGAAUUUGAUGUAGUGUUCCACCAAGACGACGAGUUACGUCAGAUGGUUGGCCCAGACAUGGAGAUACAAAUACGCGAUGAUGCUGUCCCCUUCUACGUCAAUGGCGCGCGCCCGAUUGCGUUCGGCGACCGCGUCGAAGUCAAGAAUAAGCUGGACGAACUGGUCAAGAAGAAAGUGAUUGUGCCUGUCAGUGAGCCGUCGGAGUGGGCCGCACCGUUGGUAGUGAUCCGCGGUCCAGGCGGUAAGCUUCGGAUUUGUGUCGACCACACGCGCUUAAAUAAAUUCGUCAAACGGCCUACACACCCGACUCGCACGCCACGGGACGCAGUGGCCGUAAUCGACAGCGAAUGUCGCUUCUUCACUAGUUUCGACGCUGUGAACGGUUACUACCAAAUCCCCCUUCAUCCAUCCAGCCAGCACCUCACAACGUUCAUGACUCCAUGGGGACGGUAUAAAUUCUUACGCGCAUCCAUGGGCCUAUGCAGCUCCGGCGAUGAGUACAACCGGCGGGCGGACGCGGCAUUUGCAGCCAUGACCAACACCAUAAGAGUGGUGGACGAUUUGCUGCGCUUUGAUCGCUCGUUUCCAGCACAUGUCGCCGGCGUCUGCGCGAUCUUGCAAGCCGCCCGUGUAGCUGGGAUUACGUUUAGUAAGGAAAAGUUUCGCUUCGCCCAACCCCGAAUUUCUUGGGUCGGCUAUGACAUUCAACACGGCGGCAUCACAAUCGAGGAAGGUAAACUGAAGGCAUUAUCACAGUUCCCCCGCCCAACCAAUAUCUCGGAGCUCCGAUCGUUUAUGGGCUUGGUAGAACAGUUGGCGGGAUUCUCAACAGAAGUAGCUGCCGCAAAAGCCCCUCUACGCCCUCUGCUCAGCACUCGCAACCCAUAUGUCUGGACGGCAGACCACGACCAGGCCUUCGAAGCAGUGAAGCUAGCCCUCGUUUCUCCUCCAGUGCUCGUUCAUUUCGACCCGGGACGAGAAACUACAAUUCAGGUCGACGCGUCGCGGAAAAAUGGCAUGGGAUACGCCCUACUACAGCGCCACGGCGAUUCAUGGCGGUUGGUGGACGCCAACUCACGCUGGUGUACGGACACCGAAUCCCGAUAUGCCAUCGUGGAACUGGAGUUGGCCGCCGUAGAAUGGGCUAUCCGGAAGUGCCGCCUGUACCUGUCGGGCCUACCUAACUUCACGUUGAUGGUCGACCAUCAAGCGCUGGUGGCGAUCCUUGACAAAUAUACCCUCGACGCAAUCGACAAUCCAAAAAUCCAGCGACUUAAGGAGCGCUUGUCCCCAUAUUCUUUUACCACCGUGUGGCGCAGGGGAAAAGACCAUGCAAUACCGGACGCACUUUCACGAGCACCCGUAAACGACCCGGCAGUGGACGAUGAAUGCGUUGGGACGGAACUAGCAUUCUCCGUGCGUCAUGUAGUUAUUCAGAGCGUCAACGCAAUUAUCGAACCGGAAGACGAAGCAGUUUCACCGAGUCAUCUGCCGGAUCACCUUCUCGACGAUUUACGCACGGGAGCAGCAGCCGAUCCUCAUUACCUUGACCUCAUCGCUGCAGUUGAAUCCGGAUUUCCUACGAAUCGUGCGCUCAUUCCGACCCACAUCCGUCAAUUCUGGUCAAUUCGCGAUCAGCUGUCCACAGAUGGCGGCCUCGUUCUGUACGGCUCGCGCAUCGUUAUCCCUCUCGCAUCACGCCGUAAAAUCCUCACGAAAUUGCACGCGGCUCAUCAGGGGAUCGUGAGGACAAAACGGCGCGCACAACAGACCGUUUAUUGGCCGGGAAUCACCAAUGACGUCACGAUGUUGGUGGAGCGCUGCGCCACCUGCCAGGAACGCUUGGCGAGCCAAGGCCAGGAACCGCUGUUGGCCGAUCCUAUGCCAACGUAUGGUUUUGAAGACGUCUCCGUGGACUUGUUCCAACAUGGGUCUCUACAUGUCUUGGUUUAUGCCGACCGUCUGUCAGGGUGGCCGGUAGUGCAUCAGUGGAAGCAUGACCCGACGGCCCGGGAGGUGAUGCAGGCCGUCAUCAGCAACUUCGUGGAAUUGGGUGUUCCGAUGCGCCUUCGUUCGGAUAACGGCCCGCAAUUUGAUGCCGGAAUUUUUCAGGCGGCUCUUCAACGCUGGGGAGUAGCGUGGGGCAAUUCCACCCCGCACUAUCCCCAAAGUAACGGGCAUGCAGAGGCGGCGGUGAAAGCGGUGAAGGAGUUGGUGCUGAAGCUGGCCCCAUCCGGAGAUUUAUCAUCGGAGGAGUUCCUCGCCGGAUUGCUGGAAUUCCGGAAUACUCCGCACGAGACGGGACUGUCGCCGGCUCAAAUCGUUUUUGGCCAUCAGCUCCGCUCUAUCGUUCCAGCUCACCGCUCAUCCUACGCCAGCCAAUGGAAAGAGGUUAUGGCGGCGCGAGAACGACAGGCUGAAGCGAACGCGGCCACGAAAUUCCGCUUUGACUCCCGAACCCGUCCACUCUGCCCCCUCCCCGUCGGGGCGCCGGUACGUGUUCAGGAUAACAAGACAAAAUUAUGGAGCCACAUUGGGGUGAUCGUCGCGGUUGGCCGAUACCGGUCAUAUCGUGUCAAAUUCGCUAGCGGCAGCGUGCUUUGGCGCAACAGGCGAUUCAUCCGUCUCAUGGUACCUUCAACGGCCGAGGAAGAGGGCGGCGCAGAACCGGAGUCAACGGAGACGAGCGACCAACACGCAGCGGCGACCAUGGACCGCCCGGAAGACGGGCGGCAGCCAGCAGCAACCACCCCACCAGCUCCCCGCAGAAGCGCCCGUCAACGCAAGCCCCGGGUUAUGUUUUCAGUCUAA